AUGUCGUUGCAGGAUGCCUCCUCGUAUUCAUCGCCGUUGCUCUUGCGCGAUGUGCCCAUCCAUCCCCGUGUCUUCUUUUGUAUGCACCGCCUGAGGACCAGUAGCAAGGAUUACGAUCCAAUGCAUUUGGAAUCAUUCAAGCCUCGUUGCGUCCACGACGUUGUUGCAUCCGUCGCGUGCCAGCAGUGUUCCAAGCGCAAUCGGACCUGUAAGAAAGCUACGAUUGGAAUCCUGGGUCCUAGGAAUAAUACCAGGACUUACAGAGUCAUGGGACUCCUCCGAUUUGGAAGCCUGGAAUCACCCAGCCCCCGCCGGAUUAACGACAUAGAAUGCCUGCAAAAGGUCCGGCAUCGCGUCAAGCUGCAACAUACAGCCUUCUUCGCAGGGCGCACGCAACCGGUGGACCACUUCUGGCUCAGUGACCACGAGGCUCAGAUCCGUCGUGAGGCCGACAUUCGUCGCAUCCUGGCCCGCCCCCCUCUCCGCGGCGGCCUGCACGCGCUGCUUGAGCAGCACUUCUCUCUCCCCGCUCCCUUCACCCGUCACGACCUUUUGCUGACCGUCGAUGAUAAUGGCGAGUGGACUGUGCUCAUCCGUUUAAUCCGCCUGCUGGAUAAUUCCAGAGAGUGUGCCCGUGAGCGCGGGUCAGCUGCAGAUGCGUAUACCGAGAUCCCGGCGAUGCUUGCAAUUGUCCUGGAUACUCUUGAGUGGCUGAUUCGCAACCUUCCCGGCCCGUUCAACGCCUGA